AUGAAUUUGGUGUACAUUCGAGAUGCGAUCUUCAGGCGAGAUAAUGACGGCAUAUUGUUGUCCUCCCGAGGGCGGGAGGGCUUGGUUAUAAGCGUUGUGUUCACGGCCUUGGCAACCUGCUUCGUGGGGAUGAGGAUGUAUACUCGUAUGAAACUUAUGAAUCGGGUGGAAGCAAAUGACUGGAUGGUCAUUAUUGCACUGGUCAAUUCAUAUGUCUUCAUGGGCCUCGACAUUAUCGAAGCCGUCAGUGGCAUGGGAGUGCAUUUGAAAGAUAUCCCACCAAACAUUCUCGAGAGACAGAUGAAGGCCUUCUGGCUCACCAUUCCUUUCUACAAUGCCGCCGUCCUCUGCGCCAAAGCCUCAAUUCUGAUGCAGUACUUCCGAGUCUUCCCAACGCACCGCAUGCGAGUCGUCUGCUGGGUCAUGAUCACCAUCCUCGCCAUCUAUGGCACCUGGGCAGUCAUCAGUGCAUUCCUCAACUGCAUUCCCGUCGCCAAAUUCUGGGACGAUUCAAUUCGGGGUUACUGUUUGAACAAAACCAAGCUGUGGUUCUCCAAUGCUAGCAUGCACAUCGCGACCGAUAUUGCCAUCCUCGUCAUUCCCAUCCCGGCUUUAAUGGCAGUCGACUUGCCCCGAAAACAGAAGAUCGCUUUAAUGAUCAUGUUCGCUAUGGGUGGCUUUGUCUGCAUCACCAGUGUCGUCCGUCUAGUCAGUCUGAAAAAGAUCGCCGAAUCGACCGAUCCCACCUACGACAAUGUCGGCGCUGCCUCCUGGUCCGCCAUCGAAUGCAACACAGGCAUAAUCUGCGCCUGUCUACCAACACUUAAACCCCUCGUUGCCCGCAUCUUCCCAGGAAUGGUAUCGACCUUCAACGCCAGUCGUCCCACGCGCGGCGACACAACCCAGCGCAACUCCGACUGGAACGGCGAUGCAUCAACUCUCGCUGCUCACGGCGAAGAACACGAGUAUGGCGCCGGUGACCCCGAGCGGGUUCUCGCUCUUGUUCCUGGUACUGGCUUCAGGUCUAGUAUUAAGCGCUGGACGAGAGAGGAAGAGAAGAAAUUAGCUCGGAUUGCGUUUGUUCCUGAGCCUCGCGAUCGGCCUAAUCUGACGUAUCCUCGUCCUUUACCUGCGGGUUCAGCGGUGCCGUUUUGA